CUCUGUAUGCAUAUGUGUACGUUUGUAACACAAACUUAUUAUCAAAACAUUUUGAAAUAAAGAGUGUAAUAUUACUAAAGAGUCUUGGUCAGAAGUUAAAUAAAGCUGCUUAUAUAAAUUCGUCAUCUUUGGAAGCUAAUAGAGAAGUUUUAUUUUGCAUGAACUCUUUACUUUACAGACCAAAGAUAUCUAUAAUCUAUUUGUGAUGUUUCACCUUUAUUUGACUUGCGUAGUAAUAUUUUUGCUAUGCAAAAGUGUGAUAUUAAACCAGUUUAACACCGAUUCGCAAAAGGGUUGGAACGAAUACGGGAUAGAGUAUCCAAGACAAGAUACAUCACAACGAUUUUUUCCUAAACCAUCUUUAAAUUCUGGCCCUAAUAAAUGCUUUGGAGGAUUUGAAUGCUGUCCUGGAUGGUCAUUAAAUCCUUCGACACGGUUGUGCACAGUCCCAACAUGCAGAAAUCCGUGUGGAUUUGGUAUUUGUCGAAGCCCGAACUUAUGCCAGUGUUUGACUGGAGGUUUCGGCAGUGUUUGCAAUAACGCAGAAAAUGACUUAAACGAAUGUCAAGGCAGAUGCAUGAAUGGAGGAAAAUGUGAAAAUGAGAAGUGUUUAUGUAAACCUGGAUAUGUAGGACUUAGUUGUGAACAGCCAAUUUGUGAACAACCAUGUUUAAACAAUGGUCGCUGUAUUGGGCCAAGUCGGUGUGCUUGUCCGUAUGGUUUUACUGGUCUCAGAUGUGAAGAGGACUAUCGAGUUGGUCCAUGUUUCACUCGUGUUGAAGAUAAUAUGUGUAAGGGACAAUUGGUCGCUGUGAAAUGCACUCAAGAGUCAUGUUGUGCAACUGUAGGAGUUGCAUGGGGAGUCCCGUGUUCAAAAUGCCCUGAAAAAAGAGACUGUAAAAAAGGUUUUUACAAAGACCCUCGGACUGGGAAAUGUAGUGAUAUUAAUGAAUGUAGAGGUAUUCCUAAUAUCUGCGCAAUGGGAACAUGUGUAAAUACAGAUGGUAGCUAUCACUGUGAAUGUGGAACUGGCAGAACAUACAAUCCUGAUAAAUUUGAAUGUUCUGAUGUUGAUGAAUGCAGUUUAAGCAGUAGUUUAUGCGAGUUUGGAAAAUGUAUAAAUAUUGAUGGUAGUUUUAAAUGCUUAUGUAAUCCUGGUUAUAAAGCUGUCUUUCAUGGAAAACGCUGUGUUUCUGAUGAAACAGAAACCCCUCCUAACCAGUGUUUCUCUAAAUUUAACAAUGGUCAAUGCUCAUCUUUGUUAUUUAAUCAAACAACUAAAAAAGAAUGUUGUUGUGGAAAUCCUGAACGAGCAUUUGGAUUAUGCAAUAUAUGUCCUUCUAAAGGACAAGAGGAGUAUCGUGCACUUGGAUGUCCUGAUGAUGAAAUUGGAACUGGAGGUGAUGGCCACAAUGAAAUUUCUUAUGGUGAAGGAAAUGAUGUAUGUGAAUCUAAUAAAAAGUUUUGUGAGUUUGGGCGCUGUGAGAAAUACCUUAACAGUUUUAGAUGUGUGUGCAAUGUUGGAUAUAUUGCAGUUAAUAAUGGAAAAAGAUGUCAAGUUGUUGAUGCAUUUGACACAUGCUACUUAGAGUUUAACAAUGGGAAGUGUGGAAUUCCAUCACCUGAGCAGAGUUCAAAGAGAGAAUGCUGUUGUUCGAAUCGUAAUCAUGCAUUUGGGUUUUGCAAUCAAUGUCCUGAAAAAGGAACAGCUGAAUAUCGUUCAUUGGUUUGUGAUGAUGACAAAGGUAUUAUUGGUCAAGGAGAUGAUAUAACUGGAACUGAUAAUAAUAUUUGUGAGGCAAAUAAGGAAUUGUGCAAGUUUGGAAAAUGUGAACAAAAUGGUUUAAGUUUUCAAUGUAAAUGUAAUAAUGGCUAUAAGUCUUCAGAUGAUGGAAAAAGAUGUGAAGCACUUGAAAAGUAUGCAGUUUGUUAUAAAAACUUUGACGAUGGUAAAUGUACUAUACCUUCAAAAAGAGAAGUUUCUAAAAGGCAAUGUUGUUGUGGAAACCCAGGAAGGGCUUUUGAAUUCUGUCAACAGUGUCCGGCAAAAGGAGAUGAUUCCUAUAAGGAGCUCAGUUGCUCUGAUGACAACAUUUUUGAUAUUGACAGCGUUGACGUAAAGUUACCUGAAGACAAGAAAGGUAAUACAGGAGAAACUAUUAAUAACAAUAUUGGAUUUGCCAGCACUAAUAAUUCCAUUCCAACUAAGAAUAGUAAUAAUGGCAUUGACUCCAAAGAUGUAGAUGAUAAUCUUGUAGGCACUGGUGAAGAUGGGGAUGUUCAAUGUGAUGAUAUGUUUUUAUCAAGUUGCAACAACGGUAGGUGUGAAAAGAUGAAUGGAAAGUUCAAAUGCUUUUGUAAGGUUGGCUAUGAAAAAAAUAGAAAUAAUUACUGUGCUGAUUUGAAUGAGUGCAAGAAAUAUGAUGGUUUAUGUCAUGGUGGAGCUUGUGAAAAUACUCCAGGCAGCUUUAAAUGUAGAUGUCCUGAGGGUCAUGUACAAAGUCCUGAUGGUUUUGCUUGUAUGGACGUAGAUGAAUGCGAAAACUCUAGUUCAUGUAUCAAUGGAGUAUGCAAAAACUUUCCUGGUACUUUUCAAUGUCGAUGCAAUCAAGGUUUUGAAUCAGGCUUGACAGAGAGUAUAUGUGUUGACAGAAAUGAAUGCUUAACACCAGGUAUCUGUCCAGGCGAUAGUAAAUGUUUAAAUACAAAUGGAAGCUACAUUUGCCAGUGCAAGGAAGGUUACUAUGCUCAAAGUGAUACUACUUGUGUAGAUAUUGAUGAGUGUCGCACUAUUAAGGACUUGUGCAUAGGUGGUCGUUGUGUAAACACUGAUGGUUCAUACAAAUGCAUUUGUCCUCCUGGUUAUGAACUUUCCCAAGAUGGAAAAUCAUGUAAAGAUUAUGAUGAGUGCAAGAAUAUGCCAGACAUUUGUUAUGGUGGUGAGUGUAUUAAUGGCCCAGGAAGUUAUCGAUGUAGUUGUAACUUUGGUUUCAGAGUAACAGAAUCAGGAACAUCUUGCAUUGAAACUCGCAGUGACAAGUGUUAUGCAAGCUUUAAUGGACUUCAAUGUUCAAAACCUCUUUUAACUGAACUUACUAGAGUGAAGUGUUGCUGUGGCAUGGAAAAUACUGGAAUUAGGGCUUGGGGAGCAGGUUGCGAAUCAUGCCCCAAAAGAGGAUCUUCUCGAUAUGAAAAACUCUGCAUUCAUGGACCAGGUUUGGAUGAUACUGGCAAAGAUAUUGAUGAAUGUAAUAUUAAUGCUGGGCUUUCCACAGGAAUUUGUGAACAUGGAAGUUGUGUUAACCUUUUUAAAGAUUAUCAAUGUAUCUGCGAAAAGGGGUUCACAAAUAUCUCAAAUAAAGCAUGUCAAGAUAUUGAUGAAUGUUUGGAAGCAGGAGUGUGUGAAGGUGGAAAAUGUACAAACACAUUGGGUAGUUUUAUAUGUGAAUGUCCUAAAGGAUAUCAGUUUAUAAAAGAAUCAAGAAUAUGCAAAGAUGAAGAUGAAUGCUUGACAAACCCAUGUGUUGGUGGUAAAUGCAUAAACACAGGAGGAUCUUUUUAUUGUGAGUGUCCUCCAGGUAGCUUCUAUGACGAGAAGAGAAAGUUCUGUAAAGAUAACCGCGAAGGAAACUGCUAUACAUACAAUGAAAUAGAGAGAAAAUGUGAAAAAAAAAUUGCUAGUUUUCUUUCAAAAUCUGAAUGUUGCAAUGGACUAGGUUCUGCAUGGGGUAGUGAUUGUGAAAAAUGUGACUCAGACUCUAGUUAUGGUUGCAAGAAGGGCUACAAACGUGUUGGCGCUCAAUGUAUAGAUAUAAACGAAUGCAAAUUUUCAAGUGCUUGUCAAAAUGGGCGAUGUAUAAAUACUGAUGGAAGUUUUCAAUGCAUUUGUCCAACAGGUUACAAACUUGAAGGAAACUCAUGUGAAGAUAUUAGAACUGGUAUUUGUUAUCGUAACAUUUUAAAUAAUCAGUGUGGGAUGGCAUUAGGAGACCUAAAAUUUAAGAAAUCUAACUGUUGUUGCUCUGCUUUUGCACGUGCUUGGGGAAAUCCUUGUGAAGUCUGUCCAAUCAAAAAUACAUUGGAGCACAAAGAACUUUGUCCAAGUGGUGAAGGUUUUAAUGAAGUUGGAGAAGACUUGAAUGAGUGCAGCAUUCCUGACAUUUGUCAAAAUGGUAAAUGCAUUAAUAACCAUGGUUCAUAUCGAUGCUUAUGUAACUCAGGAUUUGAUGUUGAUGCUACUGGAUCGAUUUGUGUUGAUGUAAAUGAAUGUGUGAUUUCUAAAACCAUAUGUGGACCUGGAAAAUGUGUUAAUACAAUUGGAUCAUUUCGAUGCAGUUGUUAUGAAGGUUAUCGAAAUGACCUAAUGUUAGAAAAAUGCAUAGAUAUCAAUGAAUGCUUAGAAGGAAACCCAUCUCCAUGUCAAAGUGGAAAGUGUAUAAAUACACCAGGAUCAUUUAAAUGUGAAUGUCCAUCAGGUUUGAGAACAUCUGAAACAUCUAGUUCUUGCGAAGAUAUAAAUGAAUGUGAGCAACCAGGUGUUUGUCAAAAUGGUAUUUGCCAAAACUUCAUAGGUGGUUACCAUUGCAGUUGUUUAACAGGUUUUGUUUCAAGUUCUGAUAUGCUGCAAUGCCACGAUGUAGACGAGUGCAGCAAUAAUAAUGGUGGGUGUGAGUACUUAUGUUCCAAUACUCCUGGAAGUUUUCACUGUGGUUGUCAACCUGGAUUUGAAUUACUUAGUGAUAAAAAAACGUGUGCUGAUAUAAAUGAGUGUGAACGUGGUACACCAUGCGGAGAAGUUAAUACCUGCACCAAUAUUGUUGGUGGACAUGUGUGCACCUGCAUUUCAGGUUACCGAGCAUCUACAGAUGGAAAAAGCUGCAUGGAUAUAGAUGAAUGUACAGAAAUUGAAAACAUUUGUCAAAAUGGGAAUUGCUUUAAUAUAAUGGGGUCCUUUUUGUGCAACUGUAAAGACGGAUAUAAGUUAGAUAUAAAUGCUAUGAGUUGCAUUGACAUUGAUGAGUGCUUAUUGCGUGAAAAUGGUGGCUGUCAUUUGGAUGCAGGCUGUAUUAAUAGUGUUGGUUCCUAUAGUUGUCGCUGUAAAACAGGUUAUGACGGAGAUGGAUUCAAUUGUACAGACAAAAAUGAAUGUGAUUUGGAUAUUGCCAGUUGUGCUCAAGAUGCCAAAUGUGUAAACACUAUUGGUAGUUUUUCAUGUGAAUGUAAAGAGGGGUUUAAAGGAGACGGUGAAGUGUGCCUAGAUGUUAAUGAGUGUGAAGGAAACAAAUCUUUAUGCAAUCCUGGUAAAUGUAUAAACACAAUAGGUGCCUAUAGAUGUGAGUGUAGUGUUGGGUACCAACCUACUGAAGAUAAGAGGCAUUGUGAAGAUAAAAAUGAAUGUUUGGAAAAUGAAAAUUUAUGUCAACAUGGUCACUGUAUCAAUACAGUUGGUGGAUAUUACUGCAACUGUGCUGCAGGGUUCCAGUCAGAUAUAACAGGAACAAAGUGUUAUGAUAUUAAUGAAUGUGACUUAAAUGUAUGUUUAAAUGGUAUAUGUAAAAACAUGCUUGGAAUGUACAAAUGCAUUUGUGAGGAAGACAAAGGUUUUACACCUAACAAAAACGAGACUGCUUGCUUAGAUAUGCGUUUGGGAUAUUGUUAUAAUAAGCAUUUAACUCCAUGUGGAAAUAGUAAACUUUCUUCAAAUAAAAUGGGAAAGCAAUUUUGUUGUUGUUCUGCUCCUGAUGGUACUACAUGGCAAAAUGAUAAUGAUGAAGCCUGUGAAAUUUGUCCUUACAUUGGUAGUGAUGAAUACAAAGUUUUAUGUCCUGGUGGUCCAUCAUCCCAUGUUAAUGAAACAACUGGAUUGGUUGAAAACCAUGAUGGUUGUACAUUUUUAACCAAUUAUUGUACAGGAGGACAAUGUAGUAAUAAUCUAGAUCAAGGAAUUUCAUGUCAAUGUCCUGAGUUUACACAAUUUAAUGACAAAAAUCUUAUAUGUGAAGAUAUCAAUGAAUGUUUAACUGCUGGUAUAUGUGGUUUUAAUGCAAAAUGUGUAAAUCUUGAAAAAGGUUAUCGGUGUGAAUGUGAGAAGGGAACGGUGUUUGAUGAAGAAAAUAAUUUUUGUCAUGAUUUCAGAAACACAACUUGUUUUCUUCCAAAUAAAAACUUUAAUAAUGAAUGUAAAAGUCCACUUCCUGUUCAAGUAUCUAUUGGUCAGUGCUGUUGUGGAGUAUCUGGUAAUCGAUAUGGCCCUGAUUGCAAAGCAUGUCCGAUGAGUGGAACAGAGAGAGAAGCUUUAUGCGUUAAGAAGCCAACAAUUGGUCCAUUUGUUACAGGUCAACCCCCUAUUGGUUCAACUAAACCUACUACAUCUUUAAAACCAAUAAAACGUAAUCCUGGGGUUUUACCAACCAUUAGUUCUAUUGGAGAUAUAAGUGGCACUUCUCAACCAAACGUAACUGUUAAUAUUAAAUAUGAUAUUGAUGAAUGCAAAUUUUACCCUGACAUAUGUGGUGAAGGCACUUGCGUGAAUUCAAUUGGUGCAUUCCACUGCAACUGCAACAAAGGUUUUAAAGAAGAAAAAGUAAAUUCCAUUAAUAAAUGUGUUGAUAUCAAUGAAUGCCUAACCAACCCAUGUGUCAAUGGAAUUUGUAACAAUAUAAAUGGUGGUUUUUUUUGUUCAUGUAAAGAAGGGAUGACUCUUGAUAAAACAAACUUAAAUUGUGUUGACUUAGAUGAAUGCAAAACUCCAGGGUAUUGUGAAAACGGGAAAUGUGUGAAUCUUCUUGCGGGAGAAGGUUUUAUUUGUGAAUGUGGUAAUGGUUUUAGGAAAAGUUUGGAUAACAAAACUUGCACAGAUAUAGACGAAUGUUCUUUGCCAGGAAUCUGCAUACAUGGAAAAUGCAAGAACAUACCAGGUUCUUAUAACUGUGAUUGUGAUCAAGGAUUUAAAACUAAUCUAGCAAAAGAAUGUGCUGAUAUUGAUGAGUGCAAUGAUUAUCCAGAUUUAUGUAUUCAUGGCCACUGCAUUAAUUUAUUUGGUAGCUUUAUGUGUGAGUGUGAUGAUGGCUUCAAGCAAGAUCCAAUAAAGCAAUCUUGUCCAGAUAUCAAUGAGUGUCAAUUGCCUGGUUACUGUGAAAAUGGGCGUUGCAAAAACACUGUUGGUUCAGCAAGUUGUGAAUGUAAUCAAGGUUUUGAGAAAAAUAUCAAUGGGACAUCAUGUGAAGACAUAAAUGAGUGCUCAGAUGCCGACAAUACAUGUCAAAUUGGUGGCAAAUGUGUCAACGUAGUUGGAACAUUUAGAUGUUUAUGCAAUGCUGGUUUUAUAUCUGAUACUGAUAAUAGACAGUGCAUAGAUAUGCGCAAAGGAUUCUGUUAUUCAUUGGUCCAGAACAAACAGUGUAUGUUUUCAAAUGAGUUUAGUAUUAGCAAAUCAACUUGCUGUUGUGCUAUGGGUGCUGGCUGGGGAGAGAAUUGUGAAACUUGCCCUGAUAAAGGAACAAAAGAAUUUGAGUACUACUGCCCAAAUGGUGUUGGUUUAGAGCGCAACAGUACAGAUAUUAAUGAAUGUGAGUCCAAUCUUGGAAAGUGUAUGAAUGGAAAAUGUGUAAACACAGAUGGAAGUUUUAGAUGUGAUUGCAAUAAAGGUUACAUUCUCAGCACAUCUGAUCCAACCAAGUGUGAAGAUCGUGAUGAAUGUACAGAUGGAUCUUCCCCUUGUGGGGCUGGAACCUGUCGAAAUUUAGUUGGCUCUUAUGCCUGCGAAUGCGAAAAAGGUUUUAGAUCUCAUAGUCUAAGUGAUCCAUCUUGUGUUGAUAUAAACGAAUGUGAUGAAAAUAAUGGUACUUGCUCGUACCAGUGUGUUAAUGUACCUGGAUCAUAUACAUGUGUUUGUCCAAAUGGUUACACACUAUCAGAUGAUAAAAAAGAUUGUCAAGAUAUCAAUGAAUGUCUAAUUCCGAAUAUUUGUCCCCACAGAUGUGAAAAUUACAUUGGUGGAUAUCACUGCCUAUGUUUGGAAGGUUACAAUAUGGAUAGAUUAGGAAGAUGUGUUGAAAUUAAUGAAUGUCUGCAAGAUAAAUCUCUUUGUCGACCAGGAGGUGUUUGUCAGAACAUAGAAGGUAGUUAUCGCUGUGACUGCAUACCACCUUUCAUGAGAAGCUAUGAUGGAAAACACUGUGAAGAUAAAAGCAUGGGAUUAUGUUUUUCAAUUACUGAUGAGAAAUGUCAAGCUUCAACUAAAAUGAAUAAAGUUUCACAGCGUGAAUGCUGUUGCAUUGGUGGUGGCUUUUCUUGGGGGUCAGAUUGUAGAAGAUGCCCUAAUUCUAACACUGCUGCAGGAAAGAGUUUAUGUAAUGGAAAUAAAAAUAAAACAAUAAAUGAAUGUGAAUUUAUUGUUGGAGUCUGCAGUAAUGGUAAAUGCAUGGACUUGGCAGAAGGGUACCGCUGUAUUUGUAAUUCUGGUUUUAAAUUAUCAAGUGAUGGCAAAAACUGUAGAGACAUCGAUGAAUGUAAAGAAGGUAUUAGUCAAUGCAAAGGAGAUUGUGUGAAUACAGAAGGUAGUUACAAAUGUGUUUGCCCAAAUGGUUUUAAAGUUGAUUCUGAUCAAAUAACCUGUGUUGAUGAAGAUGAAUGUGCGACAUCUAAACAUAGUUGCCAGCACAAAUGUGAAAAUACAGAAGGAGGAUAUAAAUGUGUUUGCAAUGCUGGGUAUACAAUGGAAGGCAAUAACUGCGUUGAUAUUGAUGAAUGCAAAGAGACUGGAAUAUGCGGUUUAGCUACUUGUAAAAACACUGCUGGUGGCUUCGAUUGUGUUUGCAAUAGGGGACUUAAAUACGAUGCUGACAAGAAAUUGUGUGCUUAUGUUGCUGAUACAACUCCUGAAGUUAUAAAUCCUCAAGGAUGUGGUCAACCUGCAUGUGGUUGCCCAUAUGGUUAUUAUCCCUACUACAGUCCUAAUGGAGCAAUGCAAUGUGUUGAUAUUAAUGAAUGCAAGCAAAACAUGUGCGGCACUUCAACCUGUCUGAAUAAAUUAGGAAGCUAUUCGUGUUUAUGUCCAGCAGGAUCAACUUUUCAAGGUGGUCGUUGUCAAGACGAAAAUGAAUGUUCUGGUCAAUCUCCGUGUUCAUUUGGCUGCUCAAACAAUAGAGGAGGUUUUGCAUGUCAAUGUCCUCCAGGGUACACCCCUGUUUCAGGAGGGCAUUGUAUUGCUACUCAUGGGGCAGUAUGUUUCACCUGUGAUACCUCUGAAAUUCCAUCAGAAGGUGUGCCUCUCGGUAAUCUUGAACAAGAUUCUUCUAGUGGAUAUCAAGCAGCCGUCGGCAAGGGUUAUGCUCCUUUAACUGGAAGUAGCUAUCCUAAUUUCGCUUCAUUGGAUAGAGGUUAUUCUCCAGUUGGGGAAGUUCCAACUGAUUCACAAUAUUUUUCUCGACAUCAACAGAAAAUUGCACCCUACCCUAAACCAAUUGAUUCAAACCUGAGAGUUAAUUCCAAACAACUAAGCAGUAAAGUACUAUCUACGAGAUUAAAUCCAUAUCAGCAAGCAUAUCAAACAGGCCGCCAUAGUAUUAAAUUGCAAGAACAAGUUAAUUUUGGUACAUCUCAGACCAAACAACAGUUUAGCGACAGAUCAUACCGCAGUAGACGUUCCACCCACGAACUUACAAAGCCAAUUGAUAUAACGAUCAGUCAUAAGACGCCACCUAGAUCGCCAAUUAUGAACAUUGUUAGCGUAUUGAAAGCAAUGGAAGAACAUUACGAAAUAAAGUCAGGAAAUUCAUCCUUGUUUACUCUUGCACCUGAUUUAAAUGGCGGCGUUUUUUUAAACAUUACAACAGUUUUAAAUCCCGGUAUUUAUAGGCUUGCAAUUAGUACAGAGUACAAAAAUGUUGAAGAAGAGCACAAAGAACAGGCGAAAUCCUUGAUGAGAGUUAGAGUCAAAGUUCUUUAAGAUAGCACUUCACUAAUUUUACUCAAUUUGUUUUUAACUUUGGAGAAUUUGUGCUAUUGUCAUGUUAUUAAACUAUUGAUUACACUUUAGCUACUCCAAGACUUGUAUUUACAUUUAUAUUUAUAUUAACUCGUUUUUUACGUAAAACAUCUGCAUUAGUUGCGGGAAAUAAAUUUAUACGGUAUAUAAUUGUUUAAGCGUGAAAUGUAGUGUGUUUUUAACAUUUAAAAAAAUAAUCUUACUGAAA